AUGGAAUCGACAUUGAUACAGCAACAUGCCCAGGAGCUGAUCCGAGACUUGGAUCCGAUUCUCUUGCCGUCGGCAGAACCGUGUGCUUCGCGUAGGAGACUUGUCAUUGUCGGAGACGUCCACGGACACCUCUCGAAACUGAAGAGGCUCUUGAGAAACAUCGGCUUUGACAAGGCCUCGGGUGAUCACCUCGUAUUCACGGGCGAUCUUAUAAACAAGGGACCCGACAGCCCCGGGGUGGUGCAGCUGGCCAUGGACCACGGUGCCAGUGCAGUGAGGGGCAACAACGAAGACCGCGUGCUGGCAGCCAAUAGACUCCUCCGCAUCGGUCGGGUGCCCAGCGUCUCUGGCGGCGAUGGGAGACUUCCGUUCGAGAACAGUAGCGCGCCGUUGCCUCUGGAUAUUCCCUACGCGGUAUCGAGCGACUUUGUCACCGCGACUCAACUGUCCAACGCCCAACUCGCCUGGCUUUCGUCCUUGCCCCUGAUGCUACGUAUUGGGCCCUUCAGAGGGGCUGUCAGCCCACCGUGGAAUGCCGGCUCGGUCGUAAUCGUCCACGGCGGCCUAGUGCCGUCACUUCCUCUGGAGGAACAAGAUCCGUGGGCGGUUAUGAACAUGCGCAGUCUCGUUCUUCCAAGCAGUGAAAGUCACCCAGACUUUAUUCGGGAAGCUCUGGCCAAAGGGCUUCGAGAUCGCUGGUGUCGACGCACAGCUUUCCAAGUUACGAGAGACGAGAAAGUCGACACCGGGGUGCUAAGCGCCGCGGUAUCCGAGGGUAACGGGGAGAGGACGAAGGCUCCGCCAGGCCGCACACAAGCCGCCAUCCCCAUCGAGUCCGAAGACGGGAAGCCCUGGAGAGAUGCCUGGAACGAGACGCACAACUCGAUCGAGACGCCGUCACAACGCACAGUUGUCGUGUACGGCCAUGACGCCAGGGCGGGGCGGCAAGACCAGCGAGAGAUAAGAAUUCCGAAGGAACUGCAAGAUAAAGGAGUACUGGGUCCUUGGACAAGAUACGCAUUCGGCUUGGACUCUGGGUGCGCGUAUGGAAAUGAACUCUCUGCCAUGGUUAUAGAGCCUAGUCCGGAGAUGGACGAUAUCGUACAUCGCAUCGAGCAGGUCAACUGA